GGUAACCCUACGCGGUGUUACGGCGAUGUCAUCUGCUCUGUUUCCGGUAAUGGAUGUUUCUCGUGUUGUUCGUUCAACGUUCUAGAAAGAUAAAUGGCUGAAGCGUUUUCCUUCGAUCCAGAAAAAAACUAUGAUGAAGCUACCCUGGCACAGCAAAGAAAAAUUGAAAAAGAGAUUGCUGAGAACCAAGCUCUUGUGAGUUUGGUGGUUGAUUUUGACACCAUCAGUGCUGAUUAUUCAAAAGAGGAUGAGACAUACUUAGGGAAAAUCCAGGAUUUAAAAAGCAAGUACAAAUGUGUAAGAAAAACAAGAGGUGAUGGCAACUGUUUCUACCGUGCAUUUGGGUUUGCUUACCUAGAACAAUUACUGUCUUCUCCAGAGGAUUUUGCUAGGUUUAAGGAGGUGGCUUCCAAGAGUAAGGAUGAACUAGUCAGUCUGGGGUUUCCACAGUUUACUAUCGAGGACUUCUAUGAUACUUUCAUGGAGGUUGUGGAGAAGGUUGGUGUUCCAUGUACAAAUGAAGAACUACAUGAAACAUUCAUUGACCAGGGAACUUCUGAUUACCUUGUGGUAUAUCUCAGAUUACUAGUGUCUGGGUAUCUUCAGAAAGAGGCAGAUUUUUUCCAAAAUUUCAUCGAAGGAGGAAGAACUGUCAAAGAAUUUUGUAAUCAGGAAGUUGAACCUAUGGGAAAAGAGAGCGACCAUCUUCAGGUAAUGGCCUUAACCUCUGCAUUAGGUGUGGCAGUACGAGUUGUAUAUAUGGAUCGAGGAGACAGUGGCCAUUGUAAUCACCAUGACUUUCCAGAGGAAUCAAAACCUUCUGUGUACCUCUUAUAUCGACCUGGACACUAUGAUAUUCUGUAUUCCUGACAGCAAAACUACUAUCGUUUCUCAUCAAUGAACUUUUUUCCUCUUGUCACGUUGGAUUUCAUUUAUACUGGUCUCAUGACUUAUACCAGGCAUUGAUAUCAUCAAAUUCAUACCUCUUUUUUAUGGCUGUGUAUCGUUUCAGUCUACUGUGAGAGUUGAUAUUUCCGAAAUGUGAUUCUAGUUCAUCUGGAAGAUUAAAUCAGCUGUUGGUCACCUCAUCUGAUCAUUUUCAAAAAAUCUAGAUUAAUCUUAUUUAAUUAAAAGUGCUGAAACUAUGCAAACAUAUGAAUA